AUGCUUAAAACCCACCAAUCACAGACCUCGAGUGAAGCAUACAACUUCUCCAACAUUCGAUAUGGAGCCCCACCUAUUGGAGAUCUUCGCUUCGCUGCCCCGGUACCUCCGGCAACGGACAGAUCUGUUGUACGGAAGGGUGAAGAGGCCCGAAUCUGCCCACAGGCCCUUCCGGAAUGGACGCCGAGCCUGAUCGAACAAGCAUACCAAUACCUAUUCGGUCCCAAUAUCUCGAUAUCUGCUAGUCAGCUCCUCGACUCGAGAGCUAGCGAAGACUGUCUGUUUCUUGACGUGGUGACCCCGAAGAAGAUCUUCGAUGCUGCCAGGUCCAAUAGGACUGCUACUAAAGCACCCGUCCUCGUAUGGAUCUACGGCGGCGGCUAUGAUACCGGCUCCAAGGCUGGACUAAACAGCGGUUCGCCUGCUGGCCUUUUGAGACAAGGCAACCACGAUUUUGUCUACGUUGCUCUCAACUACCGCCUUGGUGCUUUCGGAUUCCUUAGCGGUCCGAAAUUCACAACCCAGGGAGGCGUUACCAAUGCUGGACUCCUCGAUCAGAGACUUGCGCUGGAGUGGAUUCAACGGAACAUUCACCUUUUCGGCGGAGACCCGGACCGUGUGACUCUUGCAGGAGAAUCUGCUGGAGGAGGUUCGCUCAUCUAUCAGACAACUGCUUUUGGCGGCUCCCAGGGCUCUGUUCCCUUCCAACAGAUCAUUCCGCAGUCCCCGGCGAUCCUCCCAUCCCCGCCGGCCCAAAUUCAGGACGAUAUAUUUACCGAAUUCUUGUCCCGUCUGAACGUCAGCACCCUUGCCGAGGCCAGACAGCUCACUUCCGCCUCUGUGAUUGCAGCCAACAGCGAUCAGGUCUUUGCCGGCCGCCUGGGAAGCUUCACCUUCAGCCCGGUAGUUGACGGCACCUUUGUUCCGGCCGAGCCUGCAGUCUUGAUCUCGGAUGGGAAGUUCGAUACCAAAGUCAACGUGAUGGCUGGCUCAAACACCAACGAUGGUCUCUUCUUCGGUUCCUUCGACAUCACAGACGACGCUGGCUACCGCGACUGGAUGUCCCUCACCCUGCCCGGUGCCAGCGCCGACUCGAUCGAUUACAUGGCAACGGAGUUAUACCCGCCCAUCCUCAACGGCUCCUAUGGAUACACGGACCACAUCGCUCGCACUGCUCUCACCAUGCAGGACUUACUUUUCCGGUGCAAUGGUCUUGCUCUCGCGAGGGCAUUGAACGGCACGACUCAUCAGUACGAGUUUGGCGUCUACCCCGCCAUGCACGCGGCGGAUGUUGAAUACACCUUUUCCGAUAACGGGGUCGGUAUGCCCAGUCCAGAGACUGCAAUUGCCUUGCAGCGAUACAUGACCAGCUUCACUCUUAGCGGAAGUCCCCAUGGAAAGGGAGUGACGGACUUCCCGAUGUACGGACAGGACAAGGACGUCUUGCUCUUGAACGCCACUGGUCAGUAUGUCAGCCGGUAUGACAGCUUCACGACCGACCGUUGCAUCGGGCGCGACAGAAUUAUUGCAUCUCUUGCAGCUUGA